GGGAGCGGGCUAAGAAACUGAAGUUCAGCCACUCUUGUACUCCUGACCCUAAGGGGGGACCCCUCCCUCCCGCUGCAGGGGAGGGUGCAUCGCCCCGGGAGCCGCACGGGGUUGGCCAAGCCCCGCUGCGGGGCCCGGGGAGCGCUGUCCCCUAGGCACAGCCCGUGCUAUAGAACCGGGAGAGCUGCCCCUAGACAGCCGAGAGGCAGAAGCAGCCCCGUGCAAGCAGCGCGCGGCGGCCAUUCAGCGCACGCGCAUUGUGAUGCACUGUCCGUGUUCCAGCCGCAGGCGCGGCCCGCGUGGAGCGAGGGAAGCAGCAGCUGCAGCCGCGGCGCCCCAGCCUGCGGUCGGUACCAGCCUCUGCAGCUAGCGGAGCCUUGAUAAGCGCGGGGAGGGAGGCGCUGCUCCUUGCCCGCCUGGAGCUGUGCAGCCAGCCGCCCUGCUGCCCCGAGACACGCCAGGGCCCGAGGAAUGGCAAGCAGCCGGCCAGCUAGGUGGACCUGUGGCAUCGCUCAGUGCACAGCAGGGCUGGCUCAAGAAGUCCUGGAACGGGCCAAGCGGCGCAAAGUGAGCUGGCCGGAGCCUGUGGAAGAAGAUUCUGAACGUCUCAAUGCAGCAUUUGCUUCAGUAGUGGAGUUCAUGAGUCGAACCACAAAGGAGUGUGAGAAAUAUUAUAGCUAUGUGCCAGCAAGUAGAUGCCAAGAGAAUGAAAUUAAACACAUCUGCAGAUAUCACAGCAGACAAGCAGCAGAAAACUUGUUACAGACAUUGGAACAAGAGAAAAAUGAAACCUCUCCAGUGUCAAAUCCAGCUGAAACCCUCAAGCAACUUGCUAGAAAGGCUUCCAAGGAUCUCUACAUUGAAGUUUCCCCCGGCACCUAUUCUGUCACAGCAGCCUCGGAGGAUAUGGUGAAACAGACAUAUGUGGUGGAUGUUAAUGCAGGACAAAGUAUUGAUUUAACUUUCGGUUUUCUGUACGAUUACUUGUUGUUCCUCUCUCCCCAAGAGUGUUGGCUUCUAGUCCAGCACAGUGGGAACUUAAUAUGGAAAGACACACUUCCCCUGGACAGGAGAGUGAAGGUACUUACCUCAUUUCCAUCUAAAUGGAAUUUAUUUCAGUUGGUUAAAGUGGUACUACUAUCCAUAAAGCUAUUCUCGCUACCUACAGAUUUUGUUUGGUUAAAGGAGAGGUGAAGGUCAUUAGAGCAGAGAGCUUUAUGAUGAGGGCACACUUUAUUCACUGUAUAAAAAUAACCCUAUAUAGAUGGGUAGUUUACCUGAGAUUGUUUC